AGUUGAUAUAUCCAACACGACACACCUUAACUGCCUCAAACUAUACCUUACAUUUCGCAUUCAAGUGUUCAUGCUACUUGGUCAAUAUGGGAAUGAGCAGAGUUGACACCAUUGUUUAUAGUUGUAUCUACAUUCAACUAUUUUUUGCAUCAAUUUGCGUUGGUACCUCGCCAUGCAUGCCUGAAACAAGCCGUUUAGGGCGGUACACGGUAAGGGGAGCCGGAGGGUUCUGGUCCGAGGGAAUCCCGAACGGGUACGAGGUUGAAGUAUCAAUCAGUUGUGAUACCGGUGCGGUCCCGCAACAUUCUGUGACGUCACAAUGCUCGAACGGAGUAUGGAUCCCAGCAUGGCCUCGGUGUGAAAAACCUUGUUCAGUCCCGCGAAAUAGGUGGGAUGUUCGUCAGUUUGUAAAUGGAGACGCGAGGAAGCCAGUCACCAUAUAUUAUUCGAACCAUGUCUUACCGGACGGAUCAUUCUUGAUUGCUCGAUGCAAAGAUCCUGGAAAGAAAAUGUUGUUCGGUGAUCAACGACGAACUUGCCAAGGACAGUGGAUAGGACAAGAACCAGAAUGCCGAGAGGUUCAGACCAAGGUGUUAUUCGCUGGUGCCAGGCGUGAGGUAGCUCCUAAUGGUACAGUUGUGGUGUACGUACAUCGAGGAGAUACGAGACAUCUCGACGUUGUUUGCAAAAUCCCAAGGUUUAGCUUUACACGGCCUCGAUUAACAACUCCUCUAAGGAAUGAUAGAGAUUUAAAGCAUUGGCACCGCCCCAGAUUGCAUCGGAAAAGGUUGGAACCAAUAUCUACUAAUUUUUCCGGCAUGUACACCUGCACAUGGUCACCAUUAUCUCACAGCGUCUAUGUGCUCUUUAAAGCUGCUGAAUGUGAAGUUCCUGUAGCCCCUGAAUAUGGGAGAUACAGUUCAGGACAUCAACCCGGUGAAAUCGUUUUAGCCGAUACUACAGUUUCAUUUGGAUGCGGAGAAGAUUACCGCCUAGUUGGAUCAAGGACACUCACAUGUACCGAUGGCAAAUGGUCAGGAGAUCUUCCUAUGUGUAAAAUUAACAAGUGUCCAGAGCUGACAACACCAAACCAUGCUUUGAUGGAGGGGGUCUAUGGUUAUGGAAGGAACAUUGGAGAUAUAAGGAUAUUCCACUGCCGAGCAGACUAUAUUCUACAAGGGGCUACCAAUAGUCUGGUCUGCCUGGAAAAUGGACAUUGGUCCGCCGAACUACCAACAUGCGAAGAAAUUUCUGUCCGUGAAGAUUUACCGGUACCAGAUCCUGAUCAUAUUGACUCUCCUCCUGAUGUCACUGAUCUAUCAUCCUCUUCCUUUUCUUGGUAUGAAGAUCCUGUUUAUCUCCCGAACGUUCAAACUGAACCUCCUGCUGAACCAAAUCGCCCUUCACAGUCUGCACUCGAUGACACUCCACUAGACUACUCCUCUUUUGACUCGCUGUAUGCCAGCGAUGGGCCAUCAUUAAGUUUCUUUGACGAUAAUGGUAUCGAAGAGACUCAACUUUCUUCCCGCCCAACGCCCACCAGCGGCAAUCAACUCGGAAUUAAUGAUGAAAAUCAUUCAAGCCCUAGAACACCAACAGAAGGCCGUACAGAAACUGCCAAUGAUAUGGAACAGACGUCGAAACCUUCGAACCUAAGUCACUCCGAAACUGCAGAUGAAAGGCAUCAGACAACGCUAUCCAACAUGCCAACAACCAAAAGCCAUUCAAUGGUUACGGAUGAAGUACGCCAGACAACGGAACCCUCAAAGCAAACUGAUAGAACCUCUGAUACAACACACCAGACACAACCUCCUGCCCAUCAAAGUCCGUACAGAAAUGUUGAAGGAUCACAGACAACAUCAUCACCUUUGAACCAAGCCCAUCCAGAAACUGCGGAAGAUUUGUAAAUUACACCAACCACCGCGGCCCUCAACGUAUUAGACAGUACUUCACUUGCGAUUGCUGAAUAUUUAUCAUCGUCCACCAUUUUUAUUUUUUUUGUGUUGUCAAUUGUUGUAGUUAUAUGACUUCCAAGAGAAAGCUAUUAAAAAGAAGCGAAACCACACUCACCAAAAUUAGCAAAAGAUUGUGCGUUGAAUUGCUGAACCAUAGCUCUGAACGCGCCAGAGGAAUAUUGAAACUCACAUUGAUGUACCGUAAGUGAAUAAUUGGUGCUAUUUGUCACCAGCAGCAUAAAAGAGUUAUUAAAACAAGGUGAACCAGAAAUUACUAGAGAUCGAGGAAAAGACAUUAAAACCAUUAGCCCAUCAUAGCCUAAUCCCCACAAGUGUCAGACAAUAGCGUAUUUUUUCAAUCCAUUCGCAAACACUUUCUACCGCGCACCAAUUCAUUUGAAAAUGCAAGCAAGUGAAAUCACAAUGGAUAGCUGAGAGGUUUUUGUCGACAGUUGGUGUCUAUUUCAUUAUGUAAUUGGUUUUAUUGGCACAUUUUUUUUUGGGGGGAGGGGUAAAAUUCUCCAUAUUGUAUGCCCGAGACAGAUUUCAAAUCAGAUUGAUAAGAGAAUAUCAAUAUUAUAUCAAUAUAUUUGCUGGUGUAUUAUUGAAGCGGUUAGGGCUUUUUUUAAUCGGACCAAAAUAAAAAAAAAAUGUCUCAAAGUAUUAUAAUCGA